AUGCUCUGCUUCACUCAUGUCCCACAUCUUCCUCUCUUCUCCUCUUCCAGCAUCUAUCUUCAUAGCUCCCGCCAAUUCACGAGUUUCAGGACUAGAAUGUCUUCUUCUUCUGCUUCCUCCGCCAUCGAUUCAGCUCUUCCUCCUUCGCCGGAUAGUGGCAUCGUUCUUGGUUGUGGUGGCGUCGCUGUCGAUUUCCUGGCGACGGUUGAUUCCUAUCCUAAACCCGAUGACAAGAUCCGAAGCACUAGCCUCAAGGUGCAAGGAGGAGGAAAUGCUGGAAACGCGUUAACCUGCGCAGCUCGUCUGGGGUUGAAUGCGAGGCUGAUUAGUAAGGUAGCGAAUGAUUCACAAGGAAAAGGUAUAUUGGAGGAGCUGGAAUCUGAUGGUGUGGAUACUUCUUUUCUUGUGGUCUCUAAAGAGGGAAAUACACCAUUUACAUACAUCAUAGUUGAUAAACAGACGAAAACGCGUACUUGUAUUCAUACGCCUGGAGAUCCACCCAUGGUACCAACUGACCUUUCUGAAUCUAGCAUGUUAUCUGCUCUAGACAGAGCAAGCAUCGCGUACUUUGAUGUGAGAUUACACGAAACCGCCUUGGUGAUUGCAAACGAGGCAAGUCGGAAGAAGAUACCUAUUCUAGUUGAUGCGGAGAAGAAAAGAGACGGGUUAGAUGAUCUCUUGCAACUCGCCGAUUACGUUGUUUGCACAGCUAAAUUCCCUCAGGCAUGGACAGAAGUAUCUUCAACUCCAGCUGCGCUUGUUUCCAUGUUGUUGAGAUUGCCGAAACUGAAAUUUGUGAUCGUGACCUUAGGUGAAGAAGGAUGCUUAAUGAUUCAGAGAGCUUCACAAGAAGCAUCAGAUUCGGAAGAGACAGACAUCGAGAGUUUGUUAGAGACACUUAAGCAUAGAGAAGAUUCAACCGCAACAUCUCCAACAUGCGUUUCAUCGGAGACAACAAAGCUGAAGGCAGACGGGAUAGGAACACUGAGUGGAAGAUUGUUUCUCGGAACAGCGGAGAAAAUUCCUCCACAAGAGCUUGUUGACACCACCGGUGCAGGGGAUGCAUUCAUAGGAGCGGUUCUUUAUGCUAUAUGCGCCGGCAUGCCCCCGGAGAAAAUGUUACCGCUCGCUGCUCAAGUGGCUGCUUGCAAGUGCCGAGCUUUGGGAGCUCGCACCGGUCUUCCUCAACGUACUGAUCCGCGACUUGUACCCUUUCUGGUCUGA